GGCGGUUACAUCGAACGGAAAGUAUAUUCCGCUGCGGCGCAGGCAUAUAAGGAACUUCAGCAACCAAAAAACAUGAAAACUGUAAGCAUCUGCUGUACUCUUCUCAAGAUCAUCACUUUGUCCCAAAAUCAACAAAAUGUCCCACCUCACCUACUACAACUACGAAGGAGUCGGAAAAAGGAACCAACAAACGUUCAAAUACAGCCAAGCCGUACGCAUAGGUGAUCGCAUUGAAUGUUCCGGCCAAGGUGGCUGGGACCCCAACACUGGUGAAUUUUAUAAAGAGAUCAACGCGCAAAUCGACCAAGCUUUCAAGAACGUCGAGCUGAAUUUGAAAAACGCUGGCGGCAAAGGAUGGGAGCAGGUCUUCCGUGUGAACUCGUACCAUGUCCCGAUUAACAAUGAAGCUUUGGAUGCAAUGGUCAGGAACUUCAAAAAGUAUAUGCCGAAUCAUGAGCCCCUGUGGACGUGUGUGGGCGUGACAAGGUUGGGAGAGGAUGAUAUGAGGGUUGAGAUUGAGGUGGUCGCUCAUGAUCCGAAAUAGGUCUCUCGAGAGGUACUGGGGAGUAAAUGAAACCCG